CGCGCCUGCCCUGAGCCGUCCCCCGCCCGUCCCCCGCCAGCGCCGCGCCCGGCCCCGGCCCGCCAUGCGCGGACAAUGAUGAUGGCCCGCAAGCAAGAUGGCCGCACGCCCACCUACAACGUCAGCGUGGUGGGACUGUCCGGCACCGAGAAGGAGAAGGGCCAGUGCGGCGUCGGCAAAUCCUGCCUGUGCAACCGCUUCGUGCGGCCCGGCGCCGACGACUUCCACUUGGAGCACACGUCCGUGCUCAGCACCAGUGACUUUGGGGGCAGGGUGGUCAACAAUGACCACUUCCUCUACUGGGGCGAGGUGGCGCGGCCGCUGGAGGAGUGCGUGGAGUGCCGAAUCCACGUGGUGGAGCAGACGGAGUUCAUCGACGACCAGACCUUCCAGCCGCACCGCAGCACGGCCUUGCAGCCCUACAUCAAGAGGGCGGCGGCCACCAAGUUGGCGUCGGCCGAGAAGCUCAUGUACUUCUGCACCGACCAGCUGGGCUUGGAGCAGGACUUCGAGCAGAAGCAGAUGCCCGACGGCAAGCUGCCGGUGGACGGCUUCCUGCUGUGCGUGGACGUCAGCCGCGGCAUGAACCGCAACUUCGACGAGCAGCUCAAGUUCGUGUCCAACCUCUACAACCAGCUGGCCAAGACCAAGAAGCCGGUGGUGGUGGUGCUCACCAAGUGCGACGAGGGCGUGGAGCGCUACAUCCGCGACGCGCACGCCUUCGCCUUGGGCAAGAAGAACCUGCAGGUGGUGGAGACCUCGGCGCGCUCCAACGUCAACGUGGAGCUGGCCUUCGGCACGCUGGUGCAGCUGGUGGACAAGAGCCGCGGCAAGGCCAAGAUCAUCCCCUACUUCGAGGCGCUCAAGCAGCAGAGCCAGCAGAUCGCCGCCGCCAAGGACAAGUACGAGUGGCUCGUCGGCCGCGUCGUCAAGAGCCACCACGAGGCGUGGCCCGACGUCAGCCGCAAGAUGCGGACGGCGCCCGAGUACCAGGAGUACGUCUACCUGGAGGGCACCCAGAAGGCCAAGAAGCUCUUCCUGCAGCACGUGCAGCGCCUCAAGCGGGAGCACAUCGAGCGCCGCCGCAGGGCCUACCUGGCCCUGCUGCCGCAGGCGCUGGACGCCCUCGUGCCGGACCUGGACGAGAUCGACCGCUUGAGCCGCGCCAAGGCCGAGAAGCUGCUGGAGGCCAAGCCCGACUUCCUCAAGUGGUUCGUGGUGCUGGAGGAGACGCCGUGGGACGCCACGAGCCACGUGGACGACGCCGACAGCGAGCGCAUCCCCUUCGACCUGCUGGAGACGCCGGCGGGCGAGCAGCUCUACGAGGCCCACCUGGAGAAGCUGCGCGACGAGCGCAAGCGCGCCGAGGUGAGGAGGGCGUUCCGCGAGAACCUGGAGAGCUCGCCCUUCGUCACGCCCGGCAAGCCUUGGGAGGAGGCGCGGAGCUUCAUCAUGAACGAGGAGUUCUACCUGUGGCUGGACGAGUCGGUCUACGUGGACAUCUACGGCAAGCACCAGAAGCAGCUGAUCGACCGCGCCAAGGAGGACUUCCAGGAGCUGCUGCUGGAGUACUCGGAGCUCUUCUACGAGCUGGAGUUGGACGCCAAGCCCAGCAAGGAGAAGAUGGGCGUCAUCCAGGAGGUGCUGGGCGAGGAGCAGAGGUUCAAGGCGCUGCAGAAGCUCCAGGCCGAGCGCGACGCCCUCGUCCUCAAGCACGUCCACUUCGUCUACCACCCCACCAAGGAGACGUGCCCCAGCUGCGCCGCCUGCGUGGACGCCCGCGUGGAGCAGCUGCUGGGCUCGCGCUUCGCCCGGCCGGCCGAGCGGCACCGCCGCGAGCCCGCGGCGGACGCCGACCGCAUCAACCUGGUCAUCCUGGGCAAGGACGGGCUGGCGCGCGAGCUGGCCAACGAGAUCCGCGCGCUCUGCACCAGCGACGACAAGUACGUCAUCGAGGGCAAGAUGUACGAGUUGGCCCUGAGGCCCAUCGAGGGCAACGUCCGGCUGCCGGUCAACGCCUUCCACACGCCCACCUUCCAGCCGCACGGCUGCCUGUGCCUCUACAACUCCAAGGAGUCGCUCUCCUACGUGGUGGAGAGCGUGGAGAAGAGCCGCGAGUCGGCCGCCGGCCGCCGCGACGGCCACGCGGCGCAGCUGCCCCUGACGCUGGUCUUGGUCAACAAGCGCGGCGGCGGCGACGCCGGCGGCGAGACGCUGCAGAGCCUCAUCCAGCAGGGCCAGCAGAUCGCCGGCAAGCUGCAGUGCGUCUUCCUGGACCCGGCGUCGGCCGGCAUCGGCUACGGCCGCAACAUCAACGAGAAGCAGAUCGGCCAGGUCCUCAAGGGGCUGCUGGACGCCAAACGCGGCCUCAACCCGGCGCCGGGCGCGGCGCCGGGCCCGCGGGACGCAGCCGACGGCGCCGAGCUGCGCGUGGCCGCGUGCCUGAUGUGCGGCGACCCGGUGAGCGCCGACGAGGUGCUGCUGCCCAUCCUGCAGGCGCAGCCGUGCCGGCCGGCGCCGGGCGGCGGCGCCGCGGUGCUGCUGGAGGCGGCGGUGGGCUCGCAGCGGCGGCGCGUGGAGCUGUCGCUGCUCUCCUACCACGCGUCCUUCGGCUUGCGCAAGAGCCGCCUGGUGCACGGCUACAUCGUCUUCUACGCGGCCAAGCGCAAGGCCUCGCUGGCCACGCUGCGCGCCUUCCUGGCCGACGUGCAGGACAUCGUGCCCGUGCAGCUGGUGGCCUUGGCCGACGGCUCGGCCGACGCGCCGGACGACGACGUGAGCCGCGAGCAGCUGGCCGAGGGCGAGGAGAUCGCCCAGGAGAUCGAGGCCCGCUUCGCCGCCUUGCCCUGCGGCCAAGGCCAAGCCAAGCUGGACGUCUUCCAACCCUUCUUCAGGGACGCCUUGGACAAGAAGAACAUCGUGGAGGCCGCGCACAUGUACGACAACGCCGCCGAGGCCUGCGGCGCCGGCGAGGACGUCUUCAACUCGCCGCGCGCCGGCUCGCCGCUCUGCAACUCCAACUUGGCCGACUCCGAGGAGGACCCCGAGCCGCUGCCCGGCUACAGCCCCUUCCGCGACGAGCCGGCCUUGCCCAAGGAGCUCUCCAAGCUCUCCGCGGAGCUGGAGGGCAACGACGGCCUCGGCUUCGUCUCGGCGGCGGCCAACAGCAAGAUGGCGCCGCCGCCGCUCAAGCCGAAACCGCCGUCGCACUUCGAGGCGGCGGAGCAGAGCCACCGCGACGUCCGGCGGCGCUCGGCCUCCUCCUCGGCGUGGUUGCCGCCGGAUUGCUUCGACCCUUCGGAUUACGCCGAGCCCAUGGACGCGGUGGUGAAGCCGCGCAGCGAGGAGGAGAACAUCUACUCGGUUCCUCACGACAGCACCCAAGGCAAGAUCAUCACCGUGCGCAACAUCAACAAGGCCGCGUCCAACGGCAGCGGCAACGGCUCGGACAGCGAGAUGGACAGCGGCUCCUUGGAGCGGGGCCGGAGGCCGCCGGCCGUCGCCAAACCGCGGCUGUACCGGGCGCGGUGCGCGCGGCUCGGACGUUUCGCCGGCUACCGGCCCGGCCUGAGCGUGGGCAGCGACGAUGAGUUGGGGCCGGGGAGGAAGAAGGACGAGGAGCCGGGCGGUCAGGGCGGCUACAAGGGCGACAACGCGGUCAUCGCCUACGAGGCGGCCGACGGAGAGGAUCCGCGCAGGAGGAACAUCCUCAGGAGCCUCAGGAGGACCACCAAGAAGCCCAAGGCCAAGGCGCGCCCGUCGCUCUCCAAGGCUCCGUGGGAGAGCAGCUAUUUCGGGGUGCCCCUGGCCAGCGUGGUCACCCCCGAGCGGCCGAUCCCCGUCUUCAUCGAGCGCUGCAUCCAGUACAUCGAGGCCACCGGGCUGAGCACGGAGGGGAUUUAUCGCGUCAGCGGCAACAAGUCGGAGAUGGAGAGCCUGCAGCGGCAGUUUGAUCAGGACCACGGCCUGGACCUGGCUGAGAAGGAUUUCACCGUCAACGCCGUGGCCGGAGCCAUGAAAAGUUUCUUCUCGGAGCUGCCGGAGCCGCUGGUGCCCUACGCCGUGCAGCUGGAGCUGGUGGAGGCGCACAAGAUCCCGGAGCGGGAGCAGAAGCUGCUGGCGCUGCGCGAGGUCCUGCGGAAAUUCCCGCGCGAGAACUACGAGGUCUUCAAAUACGUCAUCGCCCACCUCAACAGGGUCAGCCAACAGCACCGCGUCAACCUGAUGACCAGCGAGAACCUGUCCAUCUGCUUCUGGCCGACGCUGAUGCGGCCGGACUUCAGCACCAUGGACGCGCUGACGGCCACCAGGACCUACCAGACAAUCAUCGAACUCUUCAUCCACCAGUGCCCCUUCUUCUUCUCGCUCCGGCCACCUCCGGACACGCCCGGCUCGCCCGGCCCGGCUCCGGCCGCCGCGCCCUUCCCGGCGCCGCCGCUGCCGCCGUCCCCAGCUCGGACGCCGUCGCCGCCGCCGGAGCCGCUGGAGCCCUGAGGG